GAGGUAUUUCCCAUGGAAUCUGAUCCUGCUGAGCAUCUUUACACUCUCCAUGGCUUAUCUCACUGGGAUGCUCUCCAGUUACUACAACACCAAGUCGGUCCUUCUGUGUCUGGGGAUCACAGCUCUGGUGUGUUUGUCUGUCACCAUCUUCAGUUUCCAGACCAAGUUUGACUUCACCUCCUACCAGGGUGUUCUCUUCGUCAUGCUCAUGGUGCUCUUCUUCGGUGGCAUCAUCCUGGCUGUGAUACUGCCCUACCAAUAUGUCCCCUGGCUCCACGCGAUCUACGCUCUGCUUGGUGCCAUUAUCUUUACUAUGUUCCUGGCAUUUGAUACCCAGAUGCUGAUAGGGAAUCGUCGGUACUCACUGAACCCAGAGGAAUACAUCUUUGGAGCUCUCAAAAUCUAUCUGGACAUCAUCUACAUCUUCUCUUUCUUCCUCCAGUUCUUUGGCUCCAGCCAGGAGUGAGAGCAGCAAGGCAGUAUUCUCUCUUUGCUGGCAAGAUGCAAGUGUUUAAAAAAAAAAAAAAAAAUUAAAAAAAUAAGAGGGUUACAAAUAAAACCACCAAGCAAAAACAAACCCACCCUUUCUGGCCCACUAGCAGGCUCCAUUCAACCAGCUAAGCAAAGCCUCCUGGGUUCCUUUUGCAGCUUGUAUAUAUGCUGUUAGGCCUUUGUGACCCAGAAAGCAAAGCAGGGCUUAAGUGUUAUGUCUCUUCUGCUCCCUCUACUCCUGCUGAGUUCAAACCAGACCAGAGACUGGGAAGCAUGAGACCAAGAUCAUCUUUUCCCCAGAGGCUGUCUGAGUUGUCUGAGUUCUGAACAUCAUGGGAUGCUGAAGUGCUGAGAAGAGUUCUGCAAAGGGAAAAUAACAUUAAGGGGAGGAGAGCAGGGAAUUUUGUUAGGAUCCUGGCAGGAAAACCA